UGAAUCGAAUCCGCUCCAACUCCUCCGUAUCGCCGCCUGCGCCGGCACCCCAUUUAUCAGCCUUCUCCUUCUCCUCCUUUUCCUUAUUCCCCGCCUGUGGUAAGCUUCCUUUUCUCCUAUCCCGGCGCUUUUUUCGAUCGCUCUGUCUAGGAAAAGAAAACCCUAAAUCGGAAGUCAAUCCGAGAACGGACGGGACCGGUGAAACGAGUCCUCCGGAUCUUCCUAGUAGGUUAUUUUCUCUCUCCAAUUUUCUCUGAUCCCCUUCUUUUUCUUUCUUUCUUUCUUUCUUUCCUCCUUUGCCAUUUUAGUUAGUAUGCCCUAAUUGUUAUUUGAAGUUUGAUUCUUGAUACUUUUUCUUUGAGUUGGAUUUCUUAGUCGUGCUGGGAAAUGAGGAUCAGGACAACUGCGAGAAUUGCUAAUAUCUUCUUCAAAACACCGCCUAAAGCACCCUUAUAGUUAGCGAAACUUAAUCAAAUUUUCGCUCAUUUAGGGUGUUCUUAUAAUUGUAAAGGGCAUAGUUUCGGUUUCUUGUGUAGCUCAGAAUAAUAUAGAAGGGAUCAGGGAAGAAUCGCUAAUCUAGGGCUGGUGGAAGUUAGGCAAGAGUUACGUAAGUUGUCUCAGAUAGUAUGGUUUAAGAAUUUAUUUGACGAGACACUAUUGUAGAGGCUCUGAGAAAAGAUGGUACAAACUUCUGAAUUCGUUGGUGAUCAUAUGUCCAAUAGUUAUGUUGAGUGAAUUUAAUCUGUUUCUUCUCUUGAGUGAAUCCAGUUCUGUUGUUGUGUCGUCAUUUGCAUUGCUGAAGGGAUUGUUCGUUUACUUUGUGGAGUAGGAAGUUUUCAGUUGACUAUAAGAGGAAUGGAAAUACAAACUUCUGGCAGACCUAUUGAUACUUUGCUGGAGAAGGUUCUUUCCAUGAACAUUCUUUCUUCUGAUUAUUUCAAAGAGCUUUACAGAUUGAAGACGUACCAUGAAGUUAUUGAUGAGAUCUAUAACCAAGUCGAUCAUGUCGAACCAUGGAUGACUGGAAAUUGCAGAGGUCCUUCCACGGCAUUUUGUCUACUUUAUAAGUUCUUUACAAUGAAACUCACUGUCAAGCAAAUGCAUGGGCUUCUGAAGCAUCCUGAUUCACCUUAUAUAAGAGCUAUUGGCUUUCUCUAUCUGCGUUAUGUUGCAGAUCCAAAGACAUUAUGGACUUGGUUUGAGCCAUACAUUAAGGAUGGCGAGUACUACUUUGACACCCUUUUUCCACGUAUUCCCAUCCCCGUCAUGCGCCAAAUUGUUGCCAACCUGGAGAAACUGAAGCUCCCUACCAAGCAUUGUGGUGUGACUGGAGAAACUAGUCGGCAGGGUUCAGAUGAUGUUGCCCGUCGCCCUCCUUCGGUAAAAGCUGCUUUGUCAGUUUCUUUUGGCCAGCGUGCUCCACACCGGGCAUCCACCAGGGACUCUUCACCUGUCAGAAGGACCUUAGCUCCCCUACAUGAAAGGAGUGAUGGUGAUGACCAUUGGAGAUCAUCUCCAAGCACUCAUCGCAGUAGCAGCCAUGAACGACCUGAUCGUGAUUGUUCAGAUCGUGACCGUGACCGAGACCGUUCAGAACGUGACCGGGUUACGGAUCGGGAUCGAAGGCAUAAACAUGACCAGUGUGGUGAUCGUGACAGAGACUCACUCAGAUCCAGGAACUCGGAUAGGGAUUACGGGAGAAGAGACCGUGAAAGGAGCAGGCGAGAUAGUGAUGAGUACAGACGAUCCAGCUCCCGACGAAGCAGAAGCAGAAGCAGAAGCAGAAGCAGAAGCAGAAGCAGAAGCAGAAGCAGAAGCAGGAGCCAGAGCCGGAGCAUGCAUAUCCAUGGUGCAGAUUCUGACAAUCGUCCUAGUCCAUUCAGAGAUGAAAAUAGAGAAAAGACAAAGACUGCUUCAAGCAAUCUGGCAAAGUUGAAAGAUUUAUAUGGUGAUGGAAGUGACAAGAAGAGUGAUGAAACUGCUGAUAGGCUGCGGAAAGAUACCAACACUGAAGACGUUAUCAGAUUGGGGGGAUCUACAUGGAAAUGAAGCCAAAAUGAAUUGUCUUUGUGGUGAUGUGAUUUUGUAACGUCAACUUUAUCAUAUUGGCUCAGUGGCCUUGCUAUGAUCUGUAACUUUGAUGCGUCAGAUCCAUGAUUUCAAGUUGGAACUAGUUGCAGGUUAGAUCAUUUUCUCUUGUGCUAUCUACUUGUAUAAAUACUGGAAAAUCCUACAGGCAUGAUUUAAGAAAUGUAUGAUGAUUUCAGUUCCAAA